CACUAUAAAAGGGGUCCCAAAGCCGUGUAAGAGACAUUGCACUCCUAGAAAACGACUGGGAAAUAGAGACAAGAGAAAGAGAAAGAACAGAAAAAAGAGUGGAUUGAGAUUCAUCCUACCCUGGUUCUAAGCGGAGUUUAAAACUCAGAUUAAAAUCUAACUGAGAGGGGUUUUCAAGUCCGUGAAAGUCUAUAAAAGGGUCCAAAGGUUUUAGUAUUUUCACGUAGCAAAGAGGGCUUAAAAGAGGCGAAGGCAAGCGAGAGCGAUAGGCAGAGCCAGAGUUAGAAAAGAGGUAGAGAGAAAAAAUGGGACCCUGGGCUAUUGCAGUGCAUGGUGGAGCUGGUGUGGACCCAAAUCUCCCUAAAGAAAGACAAGAGGAGGCUAAGAGACUCCUCACUCGUUGUCUCGAUAUUGGAAUCGUUGCUCUCCGCUCUAACGUAACCGCCAUUGACGUCGUUGAGCUUGUCGUGAAAGAACUGGAAACCGAUCCUCUGUUCAACUCCGGGCGAGGGUCGGCUCUUACGGAGAAUGGAACGGUUGAAAUGGAAGCCAGCAUUAUGGACGGGCCAAAGAGGAGAUGCGGUGCCGUUUCAGGCUUAACUACUGUUAAGAACCCUGUCUCCCUUGCCCGUCUUGUCAUGGAUAAAUCACCACAUUCUUUUCUGGCCUUCUCGGGUGCCGAAGAGUUUGCCAGGAAGCAGGGCGUGGAGUUGGUGGACAAUGAAUAUUUCAUUACGGAAGAUAAUGUGGGGAUGCUUAAGUUGGCAAAAGAGGCAAACUCAAUCCUGUUUGAUUACCGUAUCCCAACGAUUGGCACCUGCGGUGCCGGCGCAACCAUGGACAGUCCUUUGCAGAUGAACGGGCUCCCAAUCAGCGUCUACGCCCCAGAGACAGUUGGUUGCGUGGUGGUUGACAAGGAGGGUCGGUGCGCUGCAGCCACCUCCACUGGUGGGCUCAUGAACAAGAUGACAGGAAGGAUUGGUGACUCGCCCCUUAUUGGUGCAGGAACCUACGCUUGUGACUUGUGUGGCGUGUCAUGCACUGGGGAAGGAGAAGCAAUCAUCCGAAGCACCUUGGCAAGAGAUGUAGCAGCAGUGAUGGAAUACAACGGGUUGAAUCUGCAUGAGGCAGUGGAUUUUGUGAUAAAGAAUCGGUUAGAUGAAGGCAAAGCUGGGCUGAUUGCUGUUUCAAAGAACGGUGAGGUGGCUUGUGGGUUUAACACCACUGGGAUGUUUAGGGGCUGCGCCACUGAGGAUGGGUUCAUGGAGGUUGGUAUCUGGUAAAAUAUCCUCGGGUUGCACUCCAAGUUAUCAGUAGCUGCCCAAAAGAGCUUUGCAUUUGGUUAUUGUACUCAUGUUCUUCACAGUAUCUUUUGUUUGGUCAUAGUUAACUGAAGCAUUGUGUAAUUGAAAUGCCGACUAAUAAAUUAGGAUAUUCAAUCUUGGGACUGUAAUUUGCUAGUAUCAAUCAAUCAUGACAAGUUGAUGCUUUAGACUUUUGUCCACAAUUGCCAUCUGAUCUUCGUGCUUAUGAGACAUUUUCUUUA